GUCUGGCCGCGUCUAUCUUGAAAUUCCUUUGUCAAUUGAAGCCGCAGCUGGACACCCGUCUGUAUACCCUUCGCGUACCACACCGCAUCGCAUCAUGGCCGCCCGGGCAGACAGGAAGUCCAAGGUCUUUAGUCGGCGAGAGAUCGAAGCUCAGAUUGCCAAUGGCCGCUCAAUUGUCAUCGUAGACAACAAGGUCUUGAAGGUAGAUGCAUGGCUACCCUACCACCCUGGCGGUGAUAAAGCCAUUCGGCACAUGGUGGGACGCGAUGCAACAGACGAGGUCACUCGAUUCCACUCUGCCCAAACGCUCGAGCUCAUGAACCGCUACCAAAUCGGCCGCAUCGAAGGACGAUGGACCAACUUCCUACCGCCGAUGCAAGGAGGAAAGUUCAGGACACAGGAAGAGCUGGACAAGCUUUCUGAGGAAGAAUACAUGGAAUCAUGUUCGGUUUCAGAGCAGGAGACUGCAAGCUCAGCUUCUUCUGCCAACAGCAGCCCUCUUUUUGAACCGGUGGACCGAUCUUCCGCUUCAAUUCGCAAGCGCAACGGAGCCGACAUUGGUAGAGCCUCCUCAAGCUCUAGUGUCUCAUCGGUCGAACUAGAAGAUGUCGUCGCUCCGAAGAUGUCAGUACUUGAUAGACGGACUCAGGAAGAGCUCAAUUUCGACAAGGCCAAAUACCCGUCUCUAGAUCCAGCCACCCAAGAUCACAUCACACAAAAGUACCGCGAGCUACAAGAGCGGAUAAAGCAGGAAGGCCUCUACGAUUGCAACUAUACCGCCUACGGUAUCGAAUGCCUACGUUAUGGGUCCUUCUUAGCCGGAUUCCUGUUUUUGUUAUCAUCUGGCUGGUAUAUUACUAGUGCCAUCCCGCUUGCAUGCCUUUGGCACCAGCUUACGUUCACGGUCCAUGAUGCCGGACACAUGGGCAUCACCCACGAUUUUACGACCGAUUCCACCAUCGCAAUGUUCAUUGCCUCGUACGUAGGCGGGUUGAGCGCUUGCUGGUGGAAAUACAACCAUAACGUGCACCAUCUUGUUACGAACCACCCCGAACACGAUCCCGAUAUUCAAUACAUUCCCUUCUUCUCUAUCACGCAUCGAUUUAUGGAGAGUCUCACCACGACCUUUUACGAGUGGGUCAUGGAAUACGAUGCCUUCGCAAAGUUCAUGAUCCGAAUUCAACACUACACCUACUACCCGAUCAUGCUGUUCGCACGCUUCAAUCUGUAUAGAUUGUCUUGGAUGUAUCUGCUCCUUGGAAAGGGCCCCAAGAAAGGGCCUGCAUGGUGGCACCGAUACUUUGAGUUGAUAGGCAUGGCAUUUUUUUGGACCUGGUUCGGCUACGGAGUGGUAUACAAGUCCAUACCUGACAACUGGAGUCGGUUCUGGUUUGUUAUGAUUGCCCACGCACUUACGUCUCCACUCCAUGUGCAAAUCACGUUGUCCCAUUUCGCUAUGAGUACAGCGGAUCUAGGUAUCCACGAGUCAUUUGCUCAGAAGAUGCUUCGCACAACGAUGGAUGUUGACUGCCCUCAGUGGUUGGAUUUCUUCCACGGUGGCCUUCAGUUCCAGGCCAUCCACCAUCUGUAUCCACGGAUCCCCCGUCAUAACCUAAGACAAACCCAGAAGUUGGUUCAGGAGUUCUGUAACGAGGUCGACAUUCCGUAUGCGCUAUAUGGUUUCCUCGAUGGCAAUAAGCUGGUCGUUGGGCGACUUGCUGAUGUAGCAAGACAGGCUGCCAUCUUUGCUGAAUGCCAGAGGACGAUUGCUGCGGAAGGAGAUUAUGGAAUGCAUUGAAGGAUAUACUAUAGAUAUUUUAGAGCAAUGAGAUACGUUAUCUGUUCACUUGAUCCAGGGUUUAUUGUAGCAAUGAUUGGGGUUUGAAGCAUUCCCUGAGGCCACGAGUCUGCCCAGGCUGUACAAAGAUGCUUUAGUCGCAAACUUGCGAUAGAUGCCUGCGUAGAUCAUUGUCCGCUCGGAUAAAGGUUCCGACACCGAAACCAGGGUUGGAUGGGAAGUGGAGGCUUGCUUGUCCGCCGCGUUCCGCUGUUGAGAGCAUGCUAAAGGUAUACUCAGAACUGGCGCAUCAACUUUGCCACGCCAACUUGAGCACAAUUCUUAUUUUACAAGCGGAAAGACAAGCAUCCGGUAUCCAGGUACUCUUCGUCGCCGGCUCAGUCAGCUCAGACAUAUAUCACGCCAUGUAUGGCAGAUGGCGAGGAUUGACAGGAACGCGUCGCCACUAGCGUGACUGUUGGUUGACCCCACCUCGGUCCAUC